AUGGGGAGGGCGUGGUGGUCUGUGUCUGGUAUUGUUAAGAGAUCUUGUUCAUCAGUGGUGAAUUUAAGGGAGAUUGCUAUGACAUUUACAUAUGACGUGAUAUGUAGAGCAUCCUUCGGAAAAAAACAUAGUGGUGAUCAUGGAGGAGUUAAUUUUGAGAAGCUUUUGGAGGAAGCCAUGAAGUUGCUUGGGAAAUUUAGCGUGGGAGACUACAUACCUUAUUACCUUGGCUUAGUUGGAUUGAUCGAGUCAACGAGACUACCUAAAAACUAUGUUAAGUCAUAUUAUAAAGAGCAGUUCGCAAAAGAUAAUGUACAACUUAGAGUAAUUGGUGAUUGUCGAAAUUGGAGAGUAGAGUUGCUUAAGGAAAGUGGAAAAGUCUGGUUAAGCAAAGGUUGGGAGAAUUUUGUUAAGACUUAUUCUCUUAAGUAUGGAUAUCUCCUCUUGUUUAGCUAUGAUGAGAAGGAUUCUGAAUUCCAUGUCAGAAUUUUCGACACAACUUGUUCUGAAGUUGACUAUGAUUUCGUAUUUAAUCAUCAUACCAACAAGGAUAAAGAAGUGAUUGAAUUAUCUUCGCAAGAUGAAUACAUGAGUACAGAUGAGGUUAUUGAUGAUGAUAUAUCUUCAGAGGAUGAUGUAGCUAUGGAUGGAAAUACAAGUUCCAUCCCAUGUCAUGCUCAUGGCUUCCAAUCUCCAAAUCCUCAUUUCAAAGUUUGCAUCGGGUGUUGGAGUUCUACUUCACGAGGACUGACGAUUCCUCUUGACUAUGCUAAGGUGCAUUUAAAGGAUAAGCACAAGAAGGCGAUAAUCUUGAAAGGACCAAAUAACAAGAAGAGGUGCUACAAGUUAAAAUUAUAUGUGUAUUUGGAAAAUUGUUACAAGGUCAAGGCACAAAUCUAUGGAACUGCCUGGCGAAAGUUUGUGCUGGAUAAUGAACUGAAGAUUAAAGAUGAUUGUGUUUUUGAGUUGAUCCACCCGAAGAGUAACACGUACAAGGUUAUUAUCUUUCGUGCUCCAUAGCUGGUGAAAUACUUUCUCCAUCUCAACGUUGUAGUGACGCUAAAAAGUAAAAACUAGUUCUUGUCCCCGAUAAUAUUUCGAGUCAUUACAUGUAAUAUCUCCCUGCCUUUGAACAUCAAUUUAGAUGUUGUGACUUUAUAAAAGCAACCGUUUCUAUUAUUAGAGUACUGCUUACUUUAUAAUUCACUUAGUGCACAUCAUCACUACUUAUAUUUUAUUCUUAAACACUAGUUUAUAGAGAGAACCUCUAAGAAUGAACUCUGAAAAAGUAGAUUUCAGUUGCUAAGUUGAGUUACAGGAGAUUAUAGCUUCCAUGUAAUUUGCCCAAAAACAAGUCAUGUCCUUAA